AUGGGCAAAAAGGACAAACAACGAAAGGGCAAGGGAGCCGAAAAGACUGUAAAAAAGACUCAGCUCAAAUUGGAAAAGAAAGUUAUGAAGGUGGAAAAGGCCUCAGGUGAACAAUCGAUAGAACAGCUUAUAGAUGAGUUUAAAAAGGAGCAAGAAAAGCUGACAGAAGUUACUGUAAUUGCAUGUGCACCACCGUCACCAAGGUCACACUUCACUUUCACUGCAUCCCCGGAAACCAACGAGCUACUGCUGUUCGGAGGCGAAUAUUUCGAUGGCAAAAAAGCGGUCUUCAUCAAAACCAACGCUAUCCCCGCCAGUGUUUGGAUCUUUGGCGGUGAAUAUGCUUCUCCCACACAAGUUCGUUUCUACCACUACAAGGAUUUGUGGUCUCUUCGUAUUCGAACUCGUAAGUGGGAACUUGUUCGGAAAACUUUAUAUUUCAAUGACCUAUGGCAGUUCGACAUCACUUCCUUACAUUGGACAAUGAUCAAACUAGCUGGUGACUUGCCUGCUCCACGCUCUGCUUGUUUGUUCUUUCCCGGGGUAGAUUUGAAAACGGUUUACAUACUUGGUGGAUAUAGAAAGGAAGCGCUAUCGAAAGAGGUGGAAAGAGGUGUUGCAUGUACUGACUUUUUCCGGAUCACUCUUGAAAAAGAUGGUUUGGCAGCCAACAGUUCUACUGUACGACAAUCUGGUGUACGUCCAAAGCCACCCCGAACUGCGAUGGCCGGUGUCCUACUUACUGCCAAUAGCGCCCUACUGUUUGGCGGUGUGCAUGACGUUGAGACCGACGACGGCGAAUGCGUUUUCGGUCACUUUCACAACGAUAUGUUCGUCUUCGAACUAGACAAAGCCAAAUGGCACAUUUUCAACUACGUCCUUCCAAGACAGACACCAGCGUCUAUUGAAACGGGACAAAAGGAACCAGAGAUGAGCGUUUCCCCCAAUGGAACUUCGGUUCCCGUGGUCCCGUCACAACUUGCUCAUGGUGUGUUCACCCUUACCUUGGGAACGAAGGAUGCAACUGGAAGCGGUGAUCAGGUGUUGACGAAUAAAGUUGAUACAUUCAAACAAAUCCUCCCACCCGCCCGGUCCAGCUCAGGAUUCGUUAUCUUGGGAUCAACGCUGUACGUAUACGGUGGCGUUUUCGAAGUGGGCGAUCGAAAAGUCACUCUGGACGACUUCUACUCCCUAGACUUGAAUAGACCGGCCUCGUGGCAGUGUUUGUAUCCUGGCACACAGGCGGAACAAGAGUGGUAUGGAAGUGAUUUGGAUGAGAAUGAUGACGAAGAAGAUGCUCACGAAAUGAAUGUCGACAGCGAUGAAGAUAGCACAUCGGACGAUGAUGGUGACGAUGAAGAACUGGUUGAAGAAGCUCCCAUUCUGGAACCCAAUGAAACAUACAUUACCUACUGGGAACGGACGAGCGAGUUUUGGUUCAACCUUGUCAAACGGGGCCUAGACGAAGAUGAACUGAAUUCAAAUCAACCGGGACCAUCAACACCUAGCCCGACGCUCACCAAUCUUGCUCAGCACCUGGCGAAAGAUUUUUACCAGAAAAAUACCAGAAUGACAACCUGAUUUCCACCAACAAUUCCCCAGUGUCUUUGUAUAAUUCUUGUGUUUCACCGGAUUUGAAAUUGUGAAUAUUUUUAUGAAAUACUUAAUACAUUACCUGCUGG